AUGAUUUCGAGUAAACUGACGGGUACCAUCUCAUACGUUGUCAAUGCCAAUGUCUCCGUCGAACAGUCGCAACCUCGUCGGAGUAACAGAAGGAGUGAUAUAGAUGCUCUGCGGCGGGGUCUCAGAAUUCGACGCCCGCGGAUGUUUUUGGCCGAAAAUCGCUAUCCAAGAAAGCUGGAAAGGUGGGCCAGUGGCAACGAGGCAGCUCUGGCCUGCCCGCUCUCACCGGAACCACAUAUCCCGACUUCGUCGGGUAAUAUUCAGCGGCGGGGAGGGAGCAUUAGAUUCGCUUGCCUCUUCUAUUAG